GGAGUCACUGAGUGCCACGAAGACACGUGAUGAAAACUUACUUAAUCUUUAGAAACAUUACGUAUGCGGUUGUUUUGUUUAAGACUUCCUUUGUUUAUCCCCCGCUGACAUUGCUUUGUAAUUAUAAUUCAUGGUAUGCGUAGAAAUUUCUGGAACAUUCGAUGGUAAUCUCGCAAGUAUGAUGUAAUCACGGUAGGUAUUUUUGUAAAGUUACGUAAUAAUAAGUAGCAGUAUAAAUAGAGGCUGUGUGCCCGUGAAGAGGGAAUUCUUUUCUUAGUGGUGGUUAGUGAGUAGAGUUGUAAUGAUUUUAGUGAUUAUUUCGGCGUGGUAAAAUUAAAGAAGGUCUAUUUCUUGCUUCGUGGACUGUUCAUGUAGUUGUUGCGUUCGAAUCAAUAUUGAGUUCACGACAUUUUGGUACCAGAAGUGGGGUCAUUUAUCGCCGAGGAAAAAUACUUCGGUAGGCGAGGAUCACGUAAGUGGAGUAAAAACAGUUUAAUUUGGUUUGAAAUACUGUGGUGUGUUGGAAUAGUACCAUGGCAGCCGGAGGGAGACGAGGGAAAAGGCAGGAAGAAGCCCAGCAUACAAGCGAAGAACGAGGGGAAAGUGGAGUAGUUUUAGAAGUACUUAAAUGGAUGACAGAAAAAGAAGAAAAAGAGCGCCUCUAUAGAGAGGAGCAGGAUCGAAAGAGAGACGAGUAGUUUAUACAACUAAUAGCCACACUUGGAAAAAAGCAAUCCGACAUAGAAGAGCAAGUAAAGGCACAAGAGGCGCAGCGAAAACAAGAGGACAAGGCCCAGUUGGAGAAAAUUAUUCGUCUUCAGAAUGAAGAGCGGGAAGCCAGAGAGCGAGAAAAUAGAGAGAGAAAUUAAAGCAAGAGAACUGGAAAAGGUAAAUCGUGAGCGAGAGAAAGAGGAAAGGUUGGCCAGAGAGGAGGAAAGAAGACUUGCGUGGGAAGCACAAGCUGACAACGAGAGAAGGCAAUUUUUAGAGAAAUUCGCAGAACUCAGUUUAUCCAGCCAGGGACAAGAACCAAUGAUAAACCUUGGGAAGCCUGCUCUUAAAAAGCUCUGUGAAGAUGACGAUAUAGAGCAUUUUCUCACCACAUUCGAGCGUGUAGCGGAAACAUAUGGAUGGAAAGCAGAGGUUUGGUCGGUGAAAUUAGCACCAUUGCUCUCUGGAAAAGCACAAGCCGCGUAUGCCAACAUGGACCCAGAGAAGUCUCGCAUUUACGAAGAAGUGAAAAAAGCCAUUUGAGGAGGUACGAUAUUGAUGAAGAAACCUAUCGUCAGAGAUUUCGAGCCACAAGGAAAAGGAACGAGGAGAGUUGCACUGAACUGGAGGUGAAACUGCGUGAUCUAUACUGCAAGUGGGUACAUCCCUCUGCAAGUACAAAGGAGCAGAUUUCCAAUGCGAUCAUAAUGGAGCAGCUACUAAGUUCUCUGCCAUUAGAGCUACAAAUUUGGAUCAGAGAGCGAAAGCCUACAACAUCAGAAGAAGCUGCCAUAUUGGCUGACGAUUACCUGUUAGCACGAAAGGCCACAAUCAGGGGACAGGGUACCCAAGAAAUUAGAUGUCAUGGUUGUAAAAAGACUGGCCAUAUUUUAAAGAACUGCCCUGUACCAAAACAAGCAGAUACGACGGUGCCAGUAGGCAAAAGAAAGCCUGAAAACGAUACAAUACAACAUACACCUACAAGGAGCUCGACAAUUCAGUGUUUUAAGUGCGGGAGACCAGGACACAUUGCUCUCCAUUGUCCGUCAAAUCAGGCCCACAACAACAACAACAGAGGGAGACAUACGGGAUAUUAUGUUAAACAUAAAGACAAGUUGAUCAGAUCAGCACAAUCAUUUGACUUUGGAGAGCAUUCAGUUGGUAAAAUUCUAAAGGCUUUCAGCUGCAGAGGGGAAAUAGAAGGGAGACCGGUAGACAUUCUUGUCGACACUGGCUGUUCAAGGACACUUGUGCACAAAGACUUGAUACCAGAAGGCAAAGUCGAUGAGGAAACCAGAGUUGAUAUACAAUGCGCACAUGGUGAUUAUGUCAGCUACCCGACUGCCGAAGUCAGCAUAAAGAUUCAAGACAAAGUGUUCUUGCAAAGGGUUGUGGUGUCUCCGAAUCUUCCAAGACCGGUUCUGUUAGGCAUGGACAUAGUAAAUGAUGAGAAGUUUGAGAGGGAUGAUAUUGAAGCUUUUAUAGUAGUGACCAGAGCACAGGAAAAAGCACGGGAACAAGAAGAGGCGAUACAGUUGGCCAGGGAGAUCUGCUCGGGUGCAAAAGCGCAGGCUUUAAGCGAUGCUAGCGGAGAAGGCAAUCAAUCAGAGGAAACUUUAGAUGUAAAUUACGAGAUAAAUUCUUCAACUCGAGAUGUGGAUAGAGACGACAAUACCGAGGGGACAGUUGAAUCGUUGUCUGGGUCAAAAGAAGUACAGACGGGGGAAACAGCAAAGAUAAAUACAAAUGACGAAAAUGAAGGAAGUUUAGAGAUGAAGAAUUUCAGUUGGAGCUCCGCAGAGAUAAGAGAAAUGCAGGGGAAUGACACAACAUUGGAUAAAUGUAAGGAGUAUGCGCAGUUGAAGUCAUAAUUAAAUGGCAAGGUGAGGUUUAUAGAGAGGGAAAAUAGCUCAGAAGAUCAAGAGGAGAAUGACUUAGUGGUACCUUCUAUAAACAACGAAUUUUCUAAAGAUGGCUGGGAAGCAGUAAAAAUUGAGGAAGAUCUUAGUGACAGCCAAUCAAGAACAUUGCAUGUCCUACUACAAAGAUUCGCAACCGUUUUGAAAGACUCCCCUGGGAAAACAACAGUAGUAGAACACCAGAUUCACACAGGAGAUGCAAAACCAGUUAGGAAAAGGCCGUAUCGUCUGCCACAGUCACAGUAUGAGAAAAUCAAGACGGAAAUCGAAAAAAUGGAAGAGAUGGGAAUCAUCCAGCCUUCAAAUAGUGAAUGGGCAGCUCCAGUAGUGAUUGUUCCAAAAAAAGAUGGAUCGCUGAGAAUAUGUAUUGAUUAUAGAGAAUUGAACAAGGUGUCUUCAUUUGAUGCAUACCCGAUGCCGCGGGUUGAUGAAAUUCUUGACAGGCUUGGCAAUUCAAGGUACAUCUCCACCCUGGAUCUUACAAGAGGAUAUUGGCAAGUCCCAUUAAGUCCUGAUGCAGUACCAAAGACAGCAUUCACAUGUUGUAAUAUAAGUUUA